AAAUUCAUCAAUUAAAAUCCUAACCAAAAUAUCACGGCCCCUACUCAUAUAUUGUAUAGUUUGCACCUCGAUUCAUGAAAAUCCUACCACAACCAGAAAAUGGAUUAUAUAAUAGCCCAUAUAUUUUUAAGAUUUUAACUUUAAAGCGAUAGGCUAAAGCAAAAAAAUUAUUCUACUAUCCAUCUGAUUAAUAUCUAUCUUUUAUACAUUGUUGUGGGACUGUAUAGAAGAAAUUGAAAUUGUGAAUAAGAAUUACCAAAAAUUUAUAAUCAAUAGUUUGGAAUUUAGAGCAAAACGCAGCGUAAAACCGGGCAUUCCAGUUCUUAUCAAUUUGAGGAAACCCACCAACUAUCAAAAUCACAAUUCCAAUUUGGAAAAACCUCCAAUUUAAGAGCAGCUUAUGCAGUCUCCUCCUUAUGGCUGGGAGAAAUCGGAUGCCCCGUCACCCUGAUAGUUUCCGAGGUGCCCAUGAUGAUCCACGUUCACUUCCACACCGGAUGCCAAUGCCGCUUCCUCCACAUCCUGCGGCACUGGAAGAGGAACUUGAGCUCCAACACAGAGACAUUCAAAGGCUCCUUGCUGAAAAUAGACAUGUCAUUGAUGACAAUGUGAUGCUUCAAAGGGACUUGACUUCGGUGAAAGAUGAAAUUCACAGAUUGAAUCAGGUCAUUCCCAAAAUGCAUGCUGACAAAGAGGCUCAAAGAAGGGAACUGAUCGAGAGGGGGAUGAAACUAGAGGCUGAACUUCGCUCCGUUGAACCUCUGAGAGUAGAGGUUGUGCAAUUAAGAACUGAUGCACAGAAAUUGAGUUCACAAAAUAAGGAGCUCUCUUCCCAGGCUCAAACUAUGACAAAGGAUAUUACUAGGCUUCAAUCUGAGAAUAAGCAAGUAGCUGCCAUGAAGUCUGACAUUGAUAAGAUGCACAAAGACCUGGUUGAUACGAGGAGAGUAUAUGAAUAUGAGAAGAAAGGAAAUGAAGAGUUGGUGGAACAAAAUAGAGCCAUGGAGAAAAACCUUAUUGCAAUGGCUCGUGAAAUAGAAAAGCUGCGCGCUGAACAAGCUAGUGCUGACAGGAGGGGUGCUGGAGGAUAUGGACUGCUGAAUGGGAGCCCCGAAACAAGAUAUCCAGGCCCAUAUGGUGAUGUAUAUGGCCCUGGCCCCUGGGGAUCAUUUGACAAGCGUAGUGGUCCUCCCCGACGUUAAUCCUUGUUCAGAAUCGGAAUCAUGGUAAGCAAAGCACCGUAAUUGAUUUCCCCCCUAGUGAAGUAAUGGAAAUGGUGAGUUUGGCUUUGUGCUAUUGUUGCCAGCUUUCUAUUGAAGUGUUAUGGCACUCUUGUAACGGAGAAGAUAACCCCGAUGAGUAAAAUACUUGAUGCAAAUCCGAUAUUUCGUGCCAAAUAGUCUUAAUUUGAAAAGAAAAAGGAAAAAAAAAAAAUCAUUUCAUUUGGUAGGACUUUGAAUGGAUUUAACUUUUGCUACUUUUAUGCUUGAAUUGCACAAGAAAUUAUAUGCUACUCCAUUGUAUUAA